UGUGAACAGGGACUGAAAACAACUGUGAAAAUGAAAGACAACAUGUCGCAUGAGGGGACAGACGACGAGGAAGCAGCCGGGGUCAGUGACGUCAUCACUCCACGCCUGAAGCCGGCCGUCGUUGAUGAUGUCAUCAGCCUGUGAACUCUCCGCCCACAACGCUGACGUCACCGGGCGCACAUGUGGACGGGAACUUGGCAGUGCUGAGAGGGCCUAGAAGUCAUGACCAUGGGCACGGAUAAGAAGAAAUUCACAGGAAAGAAAAAACCCCAGCAGGGCCAGAGGAAGCGGGCGUCAUCUCCUCCGGGUGAAGACCCACCAAAAAGACAGAAGAAAGCGGAUGAGAAAACCACCGCAAAGUCUGCGCCUGACCAGAGCAAGAAAGGUCCCCACGAGAGCCCCCUGCCCCGGCUGGACCCCAAAUCUGUGGGUUAUUUCCGGCGAGUGGGAGAAACGCUGCAGCAGGACUUUGCAUCAGAAGAGGAUCGGGCUCUGUUUGUCCGGAACGUCUUUAAUGAGGUGAAGGGGAACGAGCUGGCCCUGGCCGGGGACAUGUCCGGCAGUAUCGUCCUGCAGAAGCUGAUGACCGUGGCAGCAUCCGCCCAGCUGUGCCAGGUCCUGGAGGUCCUCAGUAAGAACUGGCAGACUGUAUGUUGGCAUCGCAGCGCAGCUCAUGUGGUCCAGACCGCUCUCCUACAGUACGAACGGCUUCAGAAGGCGACAGAUGAUGGAGCGGAGGAGGAGGAGGAUGAUGAUGGUGAUGAACCCUGCGGCAGCCUAGAGGAUCUGAUUCUGAGUCUCUGCAUGGAAGUGAAGGCCAAGUUCCUGCCCUACAACCAGAACACGCAUGGCAGCUUCAUCGUAAGGACUUUGUUUCAGGUGCUGAGCGGGACCAUCCUCAACCAAGAAGCCUCCAAGAAAGGAGGGCAGGGGUUAACAGUAAGUUCCGAAUUCGAGGUUCCGCCCAGUUUCAUGCAGCAGUUGGAGGAUUUGAGCGGGUUGUUCAAGAGUCACAUCGGAGUCUUUGCCACCCAUAAACUGGCCAGCCUGGGGAUGCAGAGCGCUCUACAGGUGCUACACCGGAAGUCGCCGUCCAUGUGCAAGACGCUCUGUGAUGAGGUCAUCAGUUACUUGUCCUCCAGGAACGUCUCAGGUGAUGGCAGCGCCCUCUUGGUUUUCCUGAAGGAUGAGACCAGCAGCCGCCUGUUGGAGAAAAUUCUGGAAGUCUCCAAGAAGAAACAGCUGCGCCGCCUCUUUGAAGACCACUUUAAAGGCCAGCUUCACGCGCUGUCAGUCCAUCCCAUCGCCAACUAUACGGUGCAGAGGCUUCUCCGUGCCGUCCAGACCAAGAAGCUGUUCUCAACGCUGUUUGAGGAGUUGUCACCAGCCGUGGAGGACGUUCUGGCCAAAGGUAACAUGGGGAUCAUCACGACCCUGGCCGAGACUUGUAAGAGGCUGGAGAGUCACCAGACCCAGUUGGUCUCCCAUCUCAUGGAGGCCUUCCACUGCACCUCCCCCAGCUCCCGCCGUGUCGCCUGUGUGCCGCUCCUCCUGUCUCUACUGACCUACGAGACGUACUACAAGAUGGAGGAAGAGGAGAAUCCUUCUGAGCAUAAAGAUAACCCAGACAUAAAGUUGCAGUCCGUUAACUAUCACGGCUCGGUAUUACUACAGCACCUCCUUCAUUUCGAAGAUCCGGCUCCGGUAUUGCACAGCCUGGGGAGUAUGUCGGAAGCUGACCUCCAUACUGUGGCUUGUAGCCAGGCUGGGAGCCACAUAUUUGACGCCCUGCUCAACAGCGCCACAAUCACAGAAAAACAGAGGAAAAAAGUUCUGCGGAAGUUAAGGGCUCACUGCAUGGAGUUGGCAUGUAACAAGUAUGGAAGCCGAGUGCUGGACCGUGUAUGGAAUGCGUCCACCAUGGGAGUGAAAGAGGAGAUUGCGCAGAAGCUAGUCGAAAGACUCCGGGAGCUGCAGAACGACCCCAUUGGGCACCACAUCGCCCGUAACUUCGCCCUAACGCACUUUGCGAAUCGGCGGAAAGACUGGGAGGAGCACCAGCAGGCGGAGAACAAGCGGCGCAAGAUGUUCGCCGACAUUCUGGAGGACUAAGGACCUUGUAUCUUACCCCCAGGGACUUUACCUGUCUUUGCGUUGGGGCUGCCUCCAGCUCUGCAUAUCCUGACGCGGACGGUCAAAGCAGUCACAGUGACCUCUAAGGGCCCAUUCACACUACGGGACCCCCGCGAUCUGAACCUUAUCCCUUAUCCUUUGGAUAGGGGAUAAGAUGUCUAGGGGCGGAGUACCCCUUUAAGAUGACAUCUGCAUUAUGUAUUGUUGGGAUGGGACCAUUCUUUUAAGACAAUCGCACUGGCCCCAUAUCAUCUUCAUUGUCUGUAUAUAGGAAGCAUUCAGUUGCGUAUUAAAAUUUAGUUUGUUUUUCUUUUUUUUUUUUUUCAUCUUGCAUAUUGCUAUUUUUCUAGUUUAAAGGGGUACUCCGAUGGAAAAAAUUUUUUUUUUUUAAAUCAACUGGUGCCAGAAAGUUAAACAUAUUUUAAUAAACAUAAUUAUUUCUAUUUAAAAAUCUUAAUCCUUCCAGUACAUAUAAGCAGCUGUAUGCUCCAGAGGAAGUUGCGUAGUUCUUUCCAGUCUGACCACAGUGCUCUCUGCUGACACCUCUGUCCGUGUCAGGAACAUGUCCAAAUCCCCAUAGCAAACCUCUCCUUCUCCGGACAGUUCCUGACAUGGACAGAGGUGUCAGCAGGGAGCAUUGUUGUCAGACUGAAAAGAACUGCACAACUUCUGGUGGAGCAUACAGCAGCUUAUAAGUACUGGAAGGAUGAAAAUAUAAAUAUAUAAAUCUGUAUUUGACUUCACCACGGUGGGGUAAGAAGGGUCUUCACGCACGUUUUUUAUGGAGACUUAUGGUAUAUUAUUAUUUUCCCAGGCCGAGGAGGGUCCCAGAAAGGCUAGAAGUAAGAGUAAGGAGUGCGGGUUAUGCAGAAGGAAGCAUGGUAGUACCUACAGAAAGUCGGGGAGAAGAGGACGACAGAGGAAAAGUCGACCUGUUGCCCAUAGCAACCAAUCAGAUCAUUACUUUCAUUAUUAAAGAGGCCUUUGAAAAAUGAAAGAAGCGAUCUGAUUGGUUGCUAUGGGCAACUGUGCCACUCUUCCUCUGCACAGGUUUUCAUGAAUCUCCUUCAUUUACGUAGAACAUCCAGGAUCUUAUUAGAGGAGACAUUGGGCUGUCUAGGACUUCCCUUGCAGUGAACGCCAGGGCUGUGCGCAUUGGCUGGAUUCGUGUGCAGCCCCCCCUGGCAUGUACAGUAUGGAGACAGUGCACGCACAGAAUAUCAGUGCCGCGCUGAUGCUCCAUCUGUACUGUACAUGUCUUUUAUGUGGUAAGUCUCAUUUGAGGUCUUAUGUCACUUUUGAAAAAUUAGGUGAGGGUGGAAGUCGGCGCCCAGCAGGCAUUAGUGACUUCGCGCCUGCUGAGGAGCAAGAGCCGAGCAGCAGAAGAUUAGACCUUUAUAAGGUAGGAAACAAUUAUUUUUUAAAGGCGGGGGGGUGUUAGGGAUAGAUUAGCAAUAGGUAGAGACAGAAAAACUUUCAGAUCGUGGGAGCUACUCUUUAAAGGGGUACUCCGGUGCUCCAGCGCUCUGAACAUUUUGUUCAGAAGGCUCGGAGCUGGAGGCAGUGAUCGUGACGUCAUGGUCACACCACUCGUGACAUCACGCCAUGCUCCCUCAAUGCAAGUCACGAGCCUCCGGCGCUUUAAACGAAGUGCAGCAGGGAGAUCGCGGAGGUCCCCAGCGGCGGGACCCCCUUGGUGAGACAUCUUAUCCCCUAUCCUUUGGGUAGGGGAUAAGAUGUCUCAGGGCCAGAGUACCCCUUUAAAGGGAGGAACAUCUGUAACCUUGAUAUGACCUACUGACCUAUUCAGAAGUUGUCAAACAAAUCAUGUGACCACAGAGACCAAGCUGUGACAUAUGUACGUAUGUUUUAUAUGGCAAUAAAUAGUGUAUACACAAAUACAAUACUAAUACAGUACAAUGGGGAAUUCUGUUGGUCGGUGGCACAAGGUUUAAAAAAUACCUGCAGAUAACACAGUCACGAUUUGCCAAAUUUAACCACUAUACUCAUAAAUACAUAUAGAGUCAUUUUGUUGUUGAUAUUUGAGAUACCAGUCGCUGCCAACUUUGCCGUAUAUGUAAUUGACACCACAGAGAAUGUGGGAAGUGUAUUACUGCACAUGUCAAUCCUCGACCAUGUGACCACGGUGGUGAUAUUCAUCGUUAGAGGGAUAUAUUGUGUGGUCGUAUAUAAAUUAUUGCUGGCCAUAGACGGCCAUGACUGUCACUGGGCUCAGACUCCUCCUCCCACAUGCAUGUAGAGAUAAGUGGCCGCCAUGCACCUCGAAUGCUGCUUAUCACAAAGAUUUGGAUGGGACAGGAUGAAAUGUAACCCUUGUGGUGGACUUUAUAAUGGGCCUAUCCCCAAAGGUCUUAGUAGAAUCUAAUAUUUACGGCCAUCUUCAUGGAAUAGGGCUGCUUAGUCUCAGGACACCCUUGGGGAAAAGAAUAUUACCUCGAGGAACCCCACCAAAUAAUUUUUUUUUCUAAAGCCCCCCAAAAAAGGCUAAAAACAAGUAAUGGACAAUAUCUAUAAGUCAGUAUUAGCUACUUAGCACCUGAAUAAAACUUCAAAAUGGAAGAUAAUGGAUUACCUUUUCAGGGUAGAGUCACACGUAUCGGAUCCACCGAUGACCGACCCUAUAGUGUGCCUCCUGC